AUGUCGACACUUAGACAGGCCGAGAGUACUGUUCAUUGCAGGGAGGUGGUCAAUUUCCAAUUCACGAGCGGCACCACGGGGGUGCCGAAAGCCGCUAUGCUCAGCCAUUUCAAUCUCAUCAACAAUGGACGAUUCAUAGGUGAGCGUCUGAAUCUGACUGCAGAUGAUGUGGUGUGCUGUCCGCCCCCGCUAUUCCAUUGCUUCGGGCUUGUCGCAGGGAUGUUAGCCGCUUUCAUCCAUGGAAGUACUACUGUCCUUCCACAUCGGGAUUUUGAUGCGCGCGCUGUUAUCGAUGCGGUGGUGGCGGAGCGCUGUACAGUACUGCAUGGGGUGCCGACCAUGUUUGCCGCCAUCCUGCAGGAUUUACACCAAACCGGGAUUGAGAUUAGGACACUCCGGACCGGUAUAAUGGCUGGAUCCAAGGUGCCCCCAAGUCUGCUAAGGGAGGUCCACGAGAAACUAGGCUAUCGGGAUAUUGCAAUCACUUAUGGCAUGACCGAGACUUCGCCAGCAAGCUUCAUGACAAAAUCUUCAGAUACCGAACUACAGAAAAUGGAAAGCGUCGGAGCGGCACUCCCGCAUGUGCGAGCAAAGGUGGUUGAUGGCCACAACAGGGUCCUGCCGCGGGGUUCUCGCGGCGAACUUUGCGUAUCUGGUUACCUUCUGCAACAGGGUUACUACAAGAACCCAGAAAAGACAGCUGAAGCCAUGAUCUGCGAUGCGCAGGGGAUAUUGUGGAUGCAUACAGGUGACGAAGCAUUGAUUGAUGAGCAAGGAUAUUGCCAAAUCACUGGAAGACUCAAGGAUAUCAUUAUCCGAGGAGGCGAAAAUAUAUAUCCCCUCGAGAUCGAAGAACGGUUGAUGUUACAUCCGGCAAUUGAGCAGGCUAGUGUUGUCGGGGUCAAAGACGAAAAGUACGGCGAGAGUGUUUGUGCCUUCCUUCAGUCACGGGCCGGUCAUGACAGGCCAUCCCUCACCGAGGUUAAAGACUGGGUGCGCAGAGGACUCGGGCGACACAAAGCCCCAGAAUUCAUAUGCUGGGUUGGGCCGCAUGAUCGAAUCAGCCAAUACCCCGCGACUGGAAGCGGGAAGAUUAGAAAAGAUAUCCUGAGGGAGAUGGGAAAUGAGAUGGUUGAGCACACAAGAAGAGUUCUACCAGCUAAGCUGUGA